AUGUGGUUGAGGGUUACAAUAGGCUUCGUCCUGCAGAUUGCAGACCAAGAUGUAGCUAUCGUUGCUCAGCAACAUCAUAUAAGAAGCCAUGCAUGUUCUUCUGCCAGAAAUGCUGCUCCAAAUGCUUGUGCGUUCCUCCGGGCACUUACGGCAACAAACAAACAUGCCCUUGCUACAACAACUGGAAGACCAAGGAAGGCG